UCAACAGCAGAAAGCAGGAAACUCAAAGGAAAACUUGUUUUGUUGAUUUACCUCAUCUCCAGCAUGGCGCAUUCCACCAGCACUCUCGCACAGGGCUGUUUUGGGAAAGUUUACAAGCAGAAGUACAAUGACACCUGGGCUGCGAUAAAGAAAGUCCCUUGCCAAAACAUCGACAGGAAGGAUCUGGAGAGAGAAUGUGCUGUGUACAACAAGUCCAAACAUCCCAACAUAGUGAGACUGCUGGGCGACAUAACUCGAGAAGAUGGGAAAUGGGUCAUCCCACUGGAGUUUGUCUUUGGAGAGGACUUAGAGACAACCAUCUUCAAGGCUUCAAGGUCUAAAAUACAGAUGACUCCAGCUAAUAAAGGCACCAUCAUCGUUGGCAUGUGUGAAGGGCUGCUUUACCUCCACUCUAAAGAUAUCGUCCAUCAAGACCUCAAGCCUGAUAACAUAAUGGUGGAACACGGCACAAACAGAGCAGUGAUCAUUGACUUGGGACUGGCCAAGUUCUUCAAAUAUGGUCUGAACUCUGCGUGGGACAUGGGCAACGAGGCGUAUGCAGCUCCUGAGGUGCUGCAGAGGCGCGCCCAGCGGGACCAACGAUCUGACGUCUGGGCCAUGGGCAAGAUCAUUGCUGAGUUUUGUGCUCGAAUUCGACUCGUCACUCCCAGCGUCUGUCCCACCAAGAUUAAAGAGACCCUGAAAGAUCAGCCAUACUGCCAGGCUGUAUGCAGAAUGGUGCACCCAGACCCAACCCUCAGGGCCUCCAUGGGAGGGAUCAUAGAUGACAUCAGAGUGGCCGGAGGCAAAAGUAGUGCGGUUCAAAAGGACCGCCUAAAGAUCCCUUCACCCAACAUUGACGUCAGAAACAGAUCUCCAUCACCAGUGCACAGAGGUGCAUCUCCAUUUCGAAGAGAUCCAUCCCCAUUCAGAAGAGAUCAUUCACCAUUAAACAGACCCACACCGCCAAUCAACAGAUCUCCGUCACCACUGAAUUUUGAGCGUACACCAAGACCAGCAGUGAAACACAGUCCUCUUGCCGGGCUGCUCCCAUCUCCCUCCCCAAACCGGGCACAGAACGACAACAAAGCGCAGCAUUUGGCCCCAAAAGGCGGGUCAGACCUGACAAAAGACUUCAUUAAGAUGGCCUUGUUCCAGGAAGCUGCCAAGGAUCUUCCUUGCGACUUGCCAGCGACGGGGAGGGUGAUGGUGAGGCGCUUCGAGCAGAAAAACGGAGACAUCGAAACAUGGGAGCAGAAAGAGGUCGUAACUCGCGAUGGACAGAUUGUAAAAUUUGACGAUAUCAAGUUCAACAGCAAAUAGAAAAUUAUCUUUCAAUCCCCAAAAAUUAUGAUAAGUAUUUUCUGUAGCUCCUUGGAAAGAUAUUUCAUCUCACAUAUAGUGUGACAAAGGUUUAAGGUGGUGUGGGCACCUGUGUUUCACUGUGAAAAUCGAUUUGAGAUGUGUAGCCAGGGUGUUUGGAAUGUGUUUAGUCAAGUUCGAGCAUGAUAUUCUGGGAUCUGAUUAAAAUUUGGGGUUUCUUUCAUACUUGCCAAGAAUUAAAGAGCCUUGAGCACAAACAGCCAUCUGUGAAUGUUUUCCAGUGUGUCAGUAAAGGCUCGUCCAUGCUUCACAUGUCUGCGUGGGUGCACGUUGCGCGUUGGUCCACGUGACGUAAAAAUCGUCAUGAAUUCCUGUCUGCUUGGGUCUGCGCGGACCGAUCCACGUUGAGGUCGCGCCGGUGUACGCAUGCGCCAGAGCGCUACAGCAAACAAAACAUAACGGUAAAGUGACGGUAGACGGAGCUACAGCCUGAUGACUCCACACAGAGACACCGAGAUAGUGAAAACCUCUGUUGGGAGGGAUGAGAAGGUCUGCCGA